AUGAGAUUGGGAUGCUACGUGCCGCAAGUGCGUGCAAAUGGGAAUCUGGGCCAGCCUGUACGAUCUGUUAGCUGCUUCCGCCAACUGAAAUACCCCAUGUUUAGCUGCGCGACCACGGGAACCAUGUUGUUAACGCGACUCGUGAUUGAAGUGGGAGGAGGCCUUGACCCGUCUUUGGACGGACUGACUCCAAGCCGUGAAGCACGGAGACUCACUCAUCCGGACUACCUGAAGUCUGCCUUCCACUAUGGAUAUACGGCAAAUACCGUCGGUUUGCCGCUUUGCGAUGCGCCCCUCAUGUCUUGGAGGCGGCCAACCCCACCUAGACUGUUCAAUGGGAGUCGCCGGUACCGUGCUGGUGGUAUUCGCAAUGACUUUCAACUUCCGAACGAGUCGUGGAAACAGCCUUCCAUCCUGGGACCUGGACAGAGCAUACAGAGUUCCAUGGCCACACAACCUCGAAGUUUGUGUUCAAUUGUUUCGAUACCUCAUUUCCUUCCACCGUCACUGAACGCCAUCAAUCACACUAUCGAUGACACUGCAGACAGCGUUGCAAAAAAUAUGCACGAAGAGCUAGCCCACAGUAGUGUGAUCUGCUUGCAGGCUCAUGGUUGUAAGAUCGCAAGGCGGAACUCUGCCGAGCUGGUCCUGGUCGAAUGUAAUAAGGUAUCAGAUGAUCUGAUAAUCGGUGAUGUUGCUGUGUAUCGAUGCAGCGGUGCUGGAGUCAGAGCUCUUGCAUCCUUAUCUGUCGCCUUUCGUUUUCUAACCCGAGACCAAGGCCUGGUCGACGUACUGGCCCCAGAAAUGGCCUGCUACCACGAGCCGAAAGCAUCGAAACUCAUAAAGAUUGCAUCUGCUAGGGAUGGAGGAUAUGGCCGCUGCGAUAAAAUUCCCAACGGGCAGACCAGGGCAAUGGCAUCUUUGAGAAUCUCGUCGUUCAACCGUCGCUGGGUCUUGGGGCUGGCUAACUAA